UGACUUUGAGACCUUUAAACAACCCAAACCUCCGUACUUUAUCCUCUUCAGAUAAUACCGGUGCAAGGAAAAUUGGCGUGUGUACUGUAAACCAUGAAUUCCACAAUAAAAGUGAUUUAUCUACAAAAGUGCCAGAAGUAAUAAAUUUGACAAAAUUCGUUUCGCCUGGAGAAUAUCCCCCUCCAACAAUUAUGUUUGGAGAAUCUUUCACAACAAGGAAAAAUCA